AUGAGAGCUGCUUUCAUGAAAAAAUAUGACUUUCUUUCGUUCAGUGAGUUUGCUAAUGAAAGCACCCUAAAAGAAGUAAAGAGAGAAAUCACUUGUAAUGACAGUACUUCAACUAUUACACCAUCGACUAGCAACAUCAAUCAAGGACUUUCAGAUAAUAGUGGAUCUCCUGAAGUGAACCUGUGCUCUCCAAAGCCCGGUGAUUCUUGA